AUGUCUCGCAAUAGAGUGAAGAAUAUCAGUUACGACGAUGACGACCUGGACGAUGAACUCGAUGGCAACGACGAUGAGCUUUCGCCCGAAGACCGCGAGCAGAUGCGACUCGCAACCAUAGAGGUGCAGCAGCUUCUGCGCUCCCAGAUACCGGCCAUAGAGGCCACGGAAGACGAUAUAUGGGAGACUCUAUGGCAUUAUUACUAUGACGUGGAUAAGUCCGUCGACUACCUGACCAAAAAGUAUAGACCGAAGGAAAAGAAGGACACGAAAGCAAAAGCGCCCACUGCUGCAGCAAAGAAGAAGAACACAGCUGAUAUAGAAUCACCAAUGUCAACAUUCCCAGUACCUUGCUCAAGUCACUUCUCUGCGCGCGACUUCUUCAAAGACUCUCCUUGGUUAAAUAUCCCGCCACACCGGAAGGCAGAUAUCUUGAUCGAACCGCUCUAUCCUAGACUCGGACUAUUAGGAGGCUCUUCCUCCGAGAAACCAGGGAAGAUGUCAAAGUUGGCUGCUCUGGCUGCAGCGCGCAAGAAAAAGGAGGCCGAGAAACAGCAGGCUCAGCAACAGGGAGAGGUAGGGGGACCAGCAGAGGAAGCGAAUAAACCUCUCUCAUUGCGAGAUAGGCUAGCUGGUGGUGGGAAAAGCAGGACCCCUACGCCUCCUAGCUCUAGAUCGUUGAGCGCAUUGAGGGGUUUGAGCCGGACUCCAAAGAACGAACAGCCACAGGCGGUCGAACCUGUAGAGGGCGCAGGCAUCAGUCAACAGACGGUGCCAAAGGAGACCCAGCAAGAACAAGCUCAAAAGGAAGCCAAUGCACCAGAACCCGUGGAAAAGCUUGCGGCCGGCCCGUCUGACUUUGCAGCAAUAAUAAUCGGUGGAAAAGACAAACCAGGGGAACCUACAUCCAGCGUCUCGCCUCGUGCAUAUAAUCUGUUUAAUUUUGUGGUACAUGAUCUCACUGAAGUUUACAAUUUUGCAGAACCGAGCCCGGAUGAUAUUGUGAUCAAUGCUCAGAAUGCUGCUAAAGAGAAAAAAGCAAAACGAAAUGCCAACCAGCAGGCAACAGGAAAAGCCCAAACGGACCUGGCCGGUGGUGUGCAGCAGCUCUCAGUUGAACCUGUAAAGGUGAAGAGCAAGAAUUUAGAUGUAUUAGAAGAACAUCGAAAAGCAAAGAGGAAGAAAGCUGCGAAUUUUGUUGUUAUUGGCCAUGUUGAUGCUGGGAAAAGUACACUUAUGGGAAGAUUGCUAUAUGACCUUAAAGCAAUUGACCAGCGAACGGUAGAUAAAUACCAACGAGAAGCUGAUAAGAUCGGGAAAGGCUCGUUUGCAUUUGCAUGGGUUCUUGAUCAGGGCGCAGAAGAGCGCGCUAGAGGCGUAACAAUCGACAUCGCCUCGAAUAAUUUUGAAACAAAAGAUACCAAGUUUACUAUAUUAGAUGCGCCGGGCCAUCGAGACUUUGUGCCAAAUAUGAUUGCUGGCGCGAGCCAGGCUGACUUCGCCGUUUUGGUUGUCGAUGCCAGCACCGGCAAGUUUGAAUCUGGGCUGAAGGGACAAACGAAAGAGCACGCUUUACUAGUCCGCAGCAUGGGAGUGCAGAAGAUGGUUAUUGCCGUUAACAAGAUGGAUCUCGUGGAGUGGAACAAGGAUAGGUUUGAUGAGAUUGAGCAGCAAAUAUCCGCGUUCCUGGUAACAGCUGGCUUCCAGGCGAAGAAUAUCUCAUUUGUUCCUUGCUCUGGUCUUCAGGGAGAGAAUAUAGCGCGGAGAUGCGAGGAUAAGAAAGCUGGCUGGUACACCGGCAAGACACUGAUCGAAGAACUGGAGACUUCAGAACCAUUCUCAUAUGCUCUUGACAAACCUCUACGGAUGACGAUUGGAGAUAUAUUCCGGGGAGGUAUUCAGAACCCCCUCUCGAUAUCAGGGCGGCUUGAUGCCGGCCAUCUGCAGAUGGGUGAUCAAGUACUGGUCAUGCCCAGCGGUGAGAAGACGGUCAUCAAGAGCCUGGAAGUCGACCAUGAGCCAGUAGACUGGGCCGUGGCAGGCCAAAAUGUGGUCCUCCAUCUAGCUGAUAUUGACGCCAAACACCUCCGAAUUGGUGACAUUGUCUGCAGUGCUGCGUCUCCGGCUCAGAACAUCACCAGCUUCACCGCUAAAGUGCUUGCCUUUAACCACCUGACACCAAUGCACAUAGACGUGCACCGCGGCCGGCUACAUGUUCCUGGCCGGAUCACGCAGCUGGUAGCUACCUUGGACAAAGGGUCGGGCAAGCCAACGAAGCGGAAACCAAAGAUUGUGGCCCCGGGCAAUGUGGCCAGGGUGGUGGUAGAGCUGGAACAGUCAAUCCCGCUGGAAGCUCCCGCACGGAUAGUCCUGCGGUCUUCAGGGGAGACUGUUGCCGCGGGGCUGCUAGAAUAG